GGAGACUUCUAUUAACUUGGGUUCUUGCCGGUCCAUGGUCCUUGAGCUUGGCCUCAGGUCCGAUGCCUAAUCUUUCAUUCCUUGGCGCCUUAGAACCGUCGCUUUAUCAGUCUCCUUGUUUCUAAAUCGGAGGUGAUGAUAAUUGAGAUGAGGCCUGGCCCAUAGUGAGCUCCCUGCAUUUUUUACAUAUUGUUUGCUCGGGAGCCUGGCCUCACCCUGCUCGCGAAGGGUAUCCAACUCGACAGCCCAGGUGCUUAGCGUCAGCAGAGAAAAGCAGAGUGUGGGCUUUCAAGGCAGAUUGCCUAGUUCAAACCAUGCCCCAUGCUUUACUUGAGGCAUCACACUGCUGGGCCUCAAGGGAUGAUCUAGUCCUUGACUGGGCUAUUGUGAAGAUGAAGUAAGAUGAUGUUUAUUUAGUGCUUGGUGCAUCCAUAGUCCCUCAGUAAACAGUAAAUUUAUAUUCCAGGUUUAUCGCCUUGCUUUGGGCCUGCCGCCAAUUAAUCUCUCAUUCUGGUUUAGAGAAUUUGGAGGCAACCUAAGCAAACAGAUAAGAAAGAUGUCAUUGGAGAAUCGGACUGUGGAGAUUCCAUCCAAACAUAAGAAAAAAUGUUCAGAUUGGCAGUGUUGAGUUGUUCAAGAUAGCCUGAAAGAGGUUGGCAGGCGGUGACAAUUACGCUUUGAACGCAGCUGGUGGCUGUCAACUACACAUUUGGAGAGCUUGGGGAAGUAACACUUUGUAAUGUCAAAGUUUAUGUAUGGUCAUGGUUGGUAUUCCUUUUGCAGGAGAAGGGCAGGGGGACACUGCAAGGUAUGUGGGUGUUCUUUACUGUUCCAAGUUUUUCUGUCAUUCAGAGUUACUACUUGAACAUUUGGAAGUAGUUGUGGAGAAUGGGUGAUAAAUUUUUGUUAAGGAUUCUUUUUUAAAAAGGGGAAACUCACAUUAAAAAGAACCAUUUUAAGUAAACAACUCAGUCGCAUUUAGUAUAUUCAUAAUAUUGUGCAACCAUUACUUCUACUCACUUCCAAAACUUCAUCAGGAAGGAAUCCCUGUACCCAUCCAGCAAUUAUUCCUCAUUCUUUCCUCACCCCAGUCUGGUGAUCAAUCUGCCUCCAUGGGUUUGCUAAUUCUGGAUAUUUCAUGUAAAUGGGAUGUUUGACCAUUAGUGUCUGGCUUGUUUUUCUUAGCAUAAUGUUUUUAAGGUUUAUCAUCAUAUCACUAUUUCUUUUUUUACAGCUGAGUAGUAUUCCAUUCCAUCUACUGGAUGCUUGGGUUGUUUCCAAUUUUGGCUAUUGUGAACAGUGUCUCUAGGGACCUGUUUGUAUAUGUAUUUGUUUGAGUAUCUGCCUUCAGUUCUCUGGGGGUAUAUACCUGGGAGUGAAGCUGCUGGGUCAUAUGGUAAUUCUAUGCUUAACUGUUUGAAAAACUGCCAAACUUUCCCACAGUAAAGUUGCACAAUUUUACAUUCCUACCAACCAUGUACAAGGGUCCCAUCCCAAUUUUCCUACAUCCUCAUCAACAUUUGUUAUAUUCCAUUUUAAUGUUAGUAUAUUCCUUCUCAUGUAUAUGAAGUGGUAUCUCAUAGUAGCUUGUUUGUUUGUUUCCUUUCUGAGGAUGAGUCCAUUUUAUUGAGGGGCAUCAAGAGAAGGUCUUAGGACUGGGAGGACAAUGAGAUCUAACAUCCUUCUCCUAGCUGGGAUCUCCUCAAUUUUACAGUCGCUGAAAGCUCAGUGGCUAGGUAGGUUUGUUUCGUUUUGUUUUGUCAUGCCACAUGGCUUGCAGGAUCUCAGUUCCCUGACCACAGGAUCUCAGUUCCCUGAACCCUGGCCACAACAGGGAAAGCCCAGAAUCCUAACCACUAGGUCACCAGGGAACUUCUAAAAGCUCAUAGUGGUUUUGAUUUGCAUUUUCUUAAUGAUACUGAGCAUCCUUUCAUGUGCUUAUUGGUCACUUGUAUAUCUUCUUUGGAAAAAUAUCUGUUCAUGUCUUUUGUCCAUUUAAAACUUGGAUGUUGUUAUUGUCGAGUUAUAAUAUUCAUAUAUUAUGGAAUGAAAAAGGAAGAAAGGAAAACAGUGAAAAACCUCUCCUGCUCUUUGCCAAACUCUGCUGGAGCACAUCAAUACUCCAUCUGGGUAUUUAUAACUCUGCCUUAGCCUUCUCUUCCUAUUUGCAUCAAGCCUAGAAAUUGACCAGAGAUGAAAGAGUAAGGUCUUCUUAAGUCUUUCCUGAUCAUCUGUCCUGCCCUGGGUAUGCACACUGCUCUCUAAAUUCCCCAGGAUAUAUGGGUGCUUUUGAGUGCCUUAAUUACCCAAAGAAACUCACCCCAGCUUUUCCUCCCAGCUUUUGCCAUGUAUGUUAUUGUCCACCAUUGUAAUCUUGUACAGCAGAGAGCUGUGAGUUGUUCCUUUACCUUACAGUGUUUUCUAGGAAUACGUUCUGAGUUAAAGCACACUGAGUCAGUCCCUCAGGUUACCCCCAGACAUGUUAGAACACACACACACAAUAGUGUGAGAAUGAGGGCUGUUCUGCUCCCUCAGAAACUGGGAACCGGGGUCCCAUGCUGGGGACACAGGUGGCUAUCUUCAGAUCCUCCACUGUGCUGGACAAGGAGGUGAGGAAGGGUAUGGAAAACACCACAAAGCUUUCCUGCCACGUUCAAGUUGCCUCUUCUUGAUUUGCAUUUCCUUGGUUGACAUAAAUGUUUAGCUGUUUUCCCGCGUUCAGAUAAAAUUGAUUCUUACCAUUUUUGCUCAAUUUGUUGAUGUUUUGGAUGAGAUACAGGCCUAUAGAGCUACCAACCCCACCUUUUUCACUGUUGGCCGGGACGAGUGGGUGAUUCUUUUUUCCCCUCAAUUAAGUAAAAUCCUCCCUCUCCCCCAGUAUUCAACAACAUGUACUGAGUAGACACUAUCAAUGUCCUGGGAGCUGUCAUCUCAGUGCUGCUCCACUAAAUGAUUUCAGUUUCUCAGAGGUGCUCAGAAGUCAAUGCUAGGUGGGUAGGUAAGGUGACUUAUUUCACCUAGGUGGAGUUGGGGAGAGCUUCCCCAAGGAGGUGGCAUUGAAUUUCAGAUUUGAAGUAGUAGGGAGAAGACGAAAGCAGAAAAAAACAGUUCUCUGACAUCAAAGGCACUCAGAGAGUUCAAGGGGCAGAAAGGGGAUGAAGGUGGGGUGGGUGGCAGGAGUAGCCAGAGAAGAGAUGGGAAUCUUGGGCAGACCAGCCCCUCAUACAAGGCCCCUCUUUCCUAUGUAAUGUUGGCCCAGAAUCUUAGCCAGGGGUUCUUAUGACCAUGGGGAGUUGGCCAACUGGCUUCUGGAGGUCAGGGAUUCCCCUGAAAUUAUAAUCAAAAGAUUACAAGAGCGUGUGCUGGGCAGUGUGUUUUGUUUUCCCCACCAGAACCGUUCUCCACCAUACUCUGUACUGCUUCACAGCGGGGGUGGAGGGGCGAGGGGGCUGAUACCUCCAUCCCGGAUCAAUGUGGCUGCCUUUUCCUCUGCUUUCCAGUUGAGUUUGGCCCUGGUAGGAUAUCUAAAGGCUUCAGGAAAGGAAGGUCUAGGUAUCUAUCCCCUGGUUCCUAUCUUUUUUGUCUGCAUCUUUCAACAAAAGCCCGUAACUCUAGCUCUCUCCAAGUUCCAGGACCACUCCCCCUCCAGCAACUUCAGGCCUGGCUGCUAACAGUGACCAUAGGAAGUCACCGUCCCUCAUUGCUCCCCUUUCACCCUGUUCGUGACUCCUCAGUUCUGUCUCUUAAAGGCAUGAUCUGUGUGACAGCUGACCAAUACAGGCUUUCGGAGUCAGAUGUCACCUCCUCCCAGAAGCCUUCCUUGAACUUCCUGAAGCUAAGUGAAGAACCUUCCUCAGUGACAACUCCAACAUAGCACGUCACCAAAAGGACUGUCACUGUCUGCUUGUCUGACUCACUGAACUCUGAGCUCCCAAGUGCAGGAGCUGUUUCAUUCAUCAUGGCACCCCUGGUACCCAGCAUGGUUCUGAGCCCUGGUGACACUCAGUAAUCAGCUGGUGGCAUAAAUAAACCAAGUAUCUCUCCCAACUCUUGUCUCAUACACACCCAGAAAAGAGCCACAAAAAUAGACUGAGGGAAUGUGUUGGCUUUCAAGUCAGACAAGCCCAAAAUAUUUAUUGUUCACUGUGUGCCAAGCACUGAUGUAGGCAUUGGGAAACUGCAAGAGAUACCACAGGCUCUGUCUCUGUACUCUGGAGGAAGAUAUCUGGAUGAAUUCAGUAAGCUCAAUCAUGUUCUAUGAACCAUGCUGACCAAAUCCAGUUGAUAUUUACAGAAUAUUACACCAAGCAACUGCAAAGUGCAUUUUCAUUUUGAGUGCACAUUGUAUGCAGAUAUAUACUGGGCCACUGAAAAAAGUAUCGGACUUCCCUGGUGGUACAGUGGAUAAGAAUCUGUCAAUGCAGGGGACACCAGUUCAAUUCCUGGUUUGGGAAGAUUCCACAUGCCUGUACAACUAAGCCCGUGUGCCACAAGUACUGAGCCAGUGCUCUGGAGUCUGCGAGCCACAACUAGUGAAGCACACGCACCUAGAUCCCAUGCUCUGCAACAAGAGAAGCCACCACAGUGAGAAGCCCUCUCACUGCAACCAAGAGUAGCCCCCCGAUCGCCACAGCUAGAGGAAGCUGGCAAGCAGCAACAAAAACAGCGCAACCAAAAAUAAAUAAAGAAGUUAGGAAAAGAAGUGCCAGUUAAGCAUAUGGUAACUGGAAGAAAGAAUAAAAUAAAGAUAAGACCACGAAGCAAUGAAAUAGAAAACUGAAAAUAAGGGAAAACAACAAAGUCAAAAGUUGGUACUUGGAAAAAGAUUAAAAAACUGAAUAACCCCCAGUGAGACUAAUCAAGGAAAAAAAAAAAGAGAAAUAAAGCACAAAUUACUAUUAUUAGGGAUCAAAGAGGAGACAUCACUACAAACCCUACAGACAUUAAAAAGCAAACAAGGAAAUUUAAACAGGUUUAUAGCGAUGAGUUUGAUAUCGUAGAUGACAUGGACAAACAUGAAAAUACACGCAUGCUAGUUGCAAUCAAAGAAAAUUACAAGGAGGAGCUGGCAGCGAGCCGUGGGCCACCCUAGCCUCCGCCAGAUUUCCUGACCAAACGCGGGAGGAGAGAUGCCCUGGAUUGUCCUGCUGUUUGCAGCCGGCUCCUUGGCGAUCCCGGCGCCAUCCAUCAUGCUGGUGCCCCCACACCCCAGCAGUAAAGAGGACCCCAUCCACAUCUCGUGCAUGGCCCCCAGGGGUUUCCCAGGGGCGAAUUUCACGCUGUACCAAGAUGGGGAGGUGGUGGAGCUCCUGAAAGCCCCCAAGGACCAGCUCAGGGUCAUCUUCAACCUGAGUGGUGGCAGCAGGGAGGUUCGAGGGGGACCGUUCUGCUGCCAGUAUAGCGUGCUCGGUGAGAAUAGGCAACCCCAGCUGUCGAACCUCAGCGAGCCUGUGCACGUCUCCUUCCCAGUGCCCACCUGGAUCCUGGCACUCUCCUUGAGCCUGGCUGGAGCCGCUCUCCUCCUCGCUGGACUGGUGAUCAUUGCCCUGAUCAUCAGGAAAGUUAAAGUAAAAAACUUGAACAAGAGACGAGAGCGAGAAUCCUGCUGGGUUAACAUCGCCACCACAGACAUGUCCUUCGACAAUUCCCUCUUUACCAUCAUGACAAAGAAAAUGACUUCAGAAGAAGACGCAGCCAACCUGGAUGCUCCUUCAGGCUCCACUGAGACACCUGGACCCCGGAAGAGGCCCACCUCCACGUCAUCCUCACCUGAGCCCCCUGAAUUCAGCACAUUCCGGGCCUGUUAGGGGAGCCCCUCUCUCUGCGUGCCCUCUGUUCAGCCCUCCCCUUGGAGCUGGCCAGGCUGUGUAGGGCCUCAGGUCCCUCCAGCUACUUUGGGGACUUCUGGCUGCUGCUUUCUCAGGGAACUGAACACAAGAGACAAAGGGGAUCCCUGGCCUUGUGAUCUUCCUCACUGAGAAGCAGAAGUGGGAGAGGGGGCGAAAGCAUCGACCUGGAGUCUGGAUGGAAAGCAGGAAGCAUCUCAGGAUUUCCAAUUUCUCAACCUACCAGAGGAGAAGGAUCCCUUCUGGCCGUUAGCUGGGCUGUUAUGAAUCUGAGCCUCACACACUCCUCCAGUUUCCUCCUUCCCAUCACACCUGAUUUGGCCAACCUGACUGGAUUUUUGGAGCAUAGGGUACACUGGGUGGGGUAUAUUCUGUGUGCCCUGCUGGCAUGCCUAAGUUAUUAAUUAUAAUGUUUGAGCUGUUCCCAA